GCUCUCUCUCUCUCUCUCUCUCUCUGUGUCUGUCUGUCUCUCGCUCGCUCUUAGCCUUGACUUCUUCUCUGUUCCUUUCACAUCAAACCAGCAGCAGCUCACGAAGGAUCCCGGGAUGCGUGUCGUCUUUCAUCAUGAAACAAGGGAAUUCUGGGACCUCUGGGAGGGAAUCUGACGGAUUACGGCUGUUUUGUGGAUCUGAGCUCGCUGUGGAUUACCAGGUCUAGUGUGUGUGUGUGUGUGUGUGUGUGUGUGUGAAUGAUGACACACGUCACAGACGAGGACCCGCGCAUCUGUCCGUCAUGUGCUCACGGUUUCGAUCUUCCUCUCAUUCUGCCCUGCUCUCACACUCUCUGUGGCCGCUGCCUGACCGGAGGGGCGGGGCCUGGUCGGCGCGGGGGCGGGGCCUCCUCUCAUCCAGUCGUUCUCUGUCCGAACUGUCGCCAUGGCGUCGAGCUGCCUUGCUUUGACUGGUCAUCUGCUCUGACCUGUCUGCCCUUUGACCCCACGGUGACCUUUGACCCCGCCGAGAGAGGGAAGCGUGAGGACCGGAGAUGGGAGACGGAUGGCAGCGUGGAUCUUUCUGAAGAGGAAAUGGAGAGCUCUGUUUCAGGUCUGCUCUUCAGCCUCGAUUCGUCCUGCUCUGAUUCGUCGCUUCACCUCUCGAGCUCCGCCCUCACCGUCGCCGUCACAGGUCACGUGAGCUCGUCACGUGACGGCGGCCCUCUUCCUCAGGUGAGCGGCAGCGUGAGCGUCUCCAGGGGACAGUAUUACUGGGAGGUGGACGUCUGCAACAGCGCCAUCUACAGGAUCGGAGUGAUUUCAUCAUGUGAUGGGCGUGGCUGGUGGUUGGAGAGGCGUGGCUCUGCCUUUCGCACCGUGUUUGAUGGACAGCGUGAGCUCCUCCCCUCUGUCCCUCCCCAGCUGAAGACAGUGGGCGUGUUUCUAAAUGUGGGCGGGGCUUCGAUCACCUUCCACAACACUGUCACUCAAGAGUUUCUCGCUGCAAUCCCCGCCCACUUCAGCGCCCCCCUCCGUCCUGCUUUUCAACUGGGCCAAGGAAGGCUCAAGCUCCGCCCCGGCCUGCCGCCGCCCAAUCACGUCUUCCUCAGCCACAGCUCUGCCUAUCGCGGCCCAGGAGGGGCGGGAGGCGGCCGCUGGAGGCGGGAUGUCGCGUUUGGGUCAGUGAGGGCAGUGAUUCAGAAGUUUGAGGAGAUUUCAGCUGCUAUCUCAGACUCGGACUCAGGUCUGGUCUCCAGCAUCAGCUCGCUGCCUGAGACCCAGAACGGCACAGAACGGCUCCGAUCCAAAACAUAGUGCAUUUUCUACUUUAAGCCGCCCUCUGAGAUCUACAGAGCCCUGAAGGAACAUGGUGGCGGGAAAAAGUAUUAGCGUAUUGAUCAAACCUUUGCAUUUUCUCCUAAAGAUAUUUGUAUUCUCUCGCAAAACCUUUGCAUCCUCUCAAAGAUGUUUGCAUUUGCUCGCAAAAAUAUUUGCAUUCUUUGGCAAACUUUAAACAGCGCCGCCUGUAGGGCGUACGAUUUAGAAGAAAAGACCCCAAAGCAAGCUCAUUCAUUGUCUUCUCGUGGUAAAUUUAUUUUGUAUUUCAUAUACAUGUAUUGAGCGGGGCUUUACAAUAACCAAAGACGCCACACAGUUCAUUUACAGGAAGUAAUCUGGACAUGUUCAAAACAAAUCCUGAAAUACUGUAAAUAAUAAAACA